AUCCUCGUUGUGCGCCACUGAUAACCCAAACACAAGCAAGUAGCAAGAAAGAAUCCACACGGUACCUGCUCUUGCCGAGAGUGAGAGGAUAUCGGACAAAACGCACUAUUCGAGCGGUGUUCGAGUUCAACAUUUAGUUGUGACAUAGAAACUCAACAAGAACGAACUUAUUGUACGGAAUAAUCAGAAGAUAGCCGCUUUGAUCAAGGUUAUCAACUGGUGACACUUAUGGUGGUAUAUCGUUCAGUAUAACUGUGAUAUGAGUUCGUUGAUUUGUUUGUGUUUGCGAGUACUUAACCUCAAAGUUUUAACGUGAUGGCGGUCGUGUCGGUCUGAUUGUUGGCCGUACAUCUGUUGCUGAGUUUCUAAGUUGGUGCAUGACAAAGACAAAGCGGAUUCUUAGGUGUGUAAAGUGGAGGGUGUGAUGAAUUGAGUCAUAUUGGGUUUAUUGGAAAUUCGUGUGGUGAUUGUAUUAUCUGUAAACGUGCUAUGGAUCUAGUCAUAAAUACCGGUGCUCGGAGAUAGGAGAUAAAGACUGGAUAUCUGUUGAUUUUUAGGUGCAGCAGCGAUGAGCUGAAAUGAUGCAUAAUUGCGCAUUCGCCUUCCUGGUCUUGGUGUUUGCGUUCAGCCUCGUUGCAUCCGAAGAAACAUACCUCUCUGAACUGGAAUUCGAAUUCACUCAAUCGACCUACAAUGUCAGCAUACCAGAGAACAGUGUCGCCAAAACGUACGCAACUCAAGCGCCGGGCUCCAAUCGCAUGGGAAUUUUCGUACGGCCCCACACAUUCGCGGACAUUCGAUAUAAAAUCGUGGAGGGUGAUAAGGACAGAUUCUUCAAGGCUGAAGAUCGUCUAGUGGGUGACUUUUGUUUUUUGUUCAUCCGUACUCGGACAGGUAACAACGACGUUCUUAAUCGCGAGAGGAAAGACCGGUUUGUCUUGAAAGUGCGCGCGACUGCCACCAUUAGAGAUGGAAAACAGAAGGUGCAGUACGAAUCUGACACGUCCGUCAUUGUCACAGUCCUGGAUACCAACGAUCUCAACCCCUUGUUCUAUCCAACCGAAUACAACACCACCGUCUACGAGGAUACACCCAUACAUCAGAGCAUACUCAAAGUGGUGGCCGAAGACGCCGAUCUUGGACGGAACGGCGAAAUUUAUUACAGCUUCCUCGAGGAAACGGACAAGUUUGCGAUUCAUCCGAUGUCGGGCGUUAUUUCCCUCAGCAGACCAUUAAGAUACAAUGAAGGGACCUAUUACGAACUAACAGUCUUGGCACAAGACAGAGGGGGAUACCACCGACAAGGAUCCAUAGGGAUGCUCAGCCGGGCAAAGAUCAGGGUUCGAGUGAAAAAAGUGAAUUUCCAUUCACCGGAGAUACGCAUCAGAAGACACCCCGAGAUCGUUGAGAAUUCAAAAGCGGACAUUUACGCCAUCGUGAACGUGUCGGACAAAGACAGCGGAAUUCACGGGGAAAUCCGCAGCUUGGAGAUAGUGGAUGGCGACCCCGACGGGCACUUUCGCAUCCGACCGACCAAACAGAAGGGCGAAUUCAAUAUAGAAGUCUUGAAACUGUUGGACAGAGAAAGCACACCCCAAGGAUAUAAACUGCAGCUGCGUGCAGUGGAUCGUGGAAUACCGCCUAGACAGAGUUACAAAUCUGUCCCGGUCCAAUUAACGGAUUUGAAUGAUAACGCUCCGGUGUUCAACAAGGAGAUAUACGACGUCAAAGUUCCAGAAACAGCGCCUAUUAACACCGCCUUAAUAAGGCUGAAAGUAACCGACGCUGACGAAGGAAAAAACGCCCAAGUAUUUCUAGAGAUCGUCGGCGGUAAUGAAGGCGGAGAGUUCACGAUCAACCCCGAAACAGGCAUGCUGUACACGGCUGUGCUUUUAGACGCUGAAAGCAAGCAAUUUUAUAGCCUCACCGUCUCUGCGAUAGAUCAAGGCAACGCGGGAACGCGAAAACAAUCAUCGGCCAAGGUGAAGAUUUACGUGGAAGACGCAAACGAUAACGACCCCAUUUUCGAUAGAUCAGAGCAAAUCGUAUGGAUUGACGAAAAUAUGCCGGCUGGAACCUCUGUCACAACCGUUCACGCCAAAGAUAAGGACCGCGGAGAGAACGCUUACAUAUCUUAUCUUAUUGCGAAUUUGAACAAAGUUCCGUUCGAAAUCGACCACUUCUCGGGGGUGAUAAAGACGACGUCUCUCCUCGACUACGAGAGCAUGCGGCGGAAAUACGACCUCAGACUACGAGCCUCCGAUUGGGGUAUGCCGUACAGGCGGCAGACGGAGAUGCAGCUAACAGUCAAAGUGAAAGAUAUCAACGACAAUCGACCGCAAUUCGAAAAAAUCAACUGCGUCGGCCACGUCUCCAGAUACGCCGCCAUCGGCUCGGAGAUGAUAACGUUAUCGGCCAUCGAUUUCGACGCCGGAAACAUUAUAAGUUACAGGAUCGUGUCGGGUAACGAAGACGAUUGUUUCAGGAUAGACCCGACGUCCGGAACAAUAUCGGUGAGCUGCGAUCUGAACGACGUUCGCGUCAACGAACGGGAAAUAAAUGUCACGGCAACUGACGGCACUCAUUUCGCUGAUAUAACCAGCGUCAGGUUCAAGUUGGUUAAUACGAAGAGAAACGCUCCAAACGGUGGCAUACUGACAGAUGACACAGGUGCUUUCGAUUGCAAAGAUACCGGAGUCGCGAGACGACUGACAGAAAUAAUAGCCGCCGCCGAAAACAAUAAUAACCAGCCUGAUGAGGAGCAGUUUCCCAUGAUGCCUUCGCGGUACGGCCAAAAUGUGCACACUCCGGAAUUCACGCAUUUUCCGGUGGAAAUUAAAGUGAACGAAUCCGUACCCUUAGGCACUGUUCUAGUUAAGCUGAAGGCACGGGACAAAGAUUUGGGUUACAAUGGAGAACUGAUAUACGGCAUCUCUGGCGGAGACAAGUAUUCCCAGUUCUGUUUGGACAUGGAUACGGCCGAGCUCAAGGUAAUCGGGCAUCUGGAUCGAGAAAGGGAAAGCGUUUAUUUCCUGAAUGUAACGGUUUAUGACUUGGGUAAGCCGCAGAAAUCAACGUCCAGGAUACUCCCGAUAACGGUGUUAGAUGUGAACGACAACGCUCCUAAAUUCGAGAAAUCCCUUGCAAGUUUUCGAGUGACUGAGAACGCCUUGAACGGAACUGCUAUAUUCAAAGCGAACGCGACUGAUGCGGAUUCCGGGGACAAUGCCAGAGUGACUUAUUCGUUAGCCACGGAUACGAAGGACUUCACGGUAGAUAAAAUAACAGGGGUGCUCACGGUUUCCAAUAAUCUGGACAGGGAAAGGCAGGAUCUUUACGAGCUCCGCAUAAGAGCCACAGACGGGGGAGGAAAGGGCCCCGAUAAUCCCGCGUUGUAUUCAGAGGCCCUUGUGCGAAUAUCCAUAGAUGAUAUCAACGAUAACGCCCCGAAAUUCAGCCUGUCCAGCUAUAACGUUAAAAUCCGGGAGGACGUGCCGAAAGGCAGCGUCGUGGCUGUCGUUACAGCCUCCGAUCCAGACUUGGGCGCUGAAGGAGAAAUAAUUUACAGUCUGGAAGAUACCGACAGCGACGGGACCUUCAAGAUUGAUAAGUUAUCGGGCACCAUUCGCACCACCAAACUCCUCGACUACGAAGAACGCCAAGUGCACAGCCUCGUCGUGUUCGCGAACGACAAGGGAAACCCUUCGUUGUCUUCGGAGACGAGCGUGACGAUAAAUGUGGUGGACGUUAACGAAAAUAUGCACACGCCUCAGUUCGGUGACGCGGUAAUUGCGGGAAAAGUGAAAGAAAAUCGUCCGAUCGGCACGUUUGUGAUGCAAGUGAACGCUUCGGAUGCCGAUGCUCCAGGUGGUGACAGCAACAUCGAAUAUUCUAUAAGAGGAGGCGACGGAAUUGGGAUAUUUUCCAUCGAUAAUCAAGGGAACAUCAAGACAUUGGCCGUAUUGGACGUGGAAACGAAAACGCACUAUUGGCUCACUGUAUUCGCUCAAGAUAGAGGUGUUGUUCCACUGUUUUCCAGCGUAGAAGUAUACAUCGAGGUCGAGAACGAAAACGACAACCUGCCCCUGAGCGAGGAGCCGGUCUACUACCCUUCGAUCCUGGAGGACAGCCCCGCGGGCACCACUGUGAUUCAGGUCCGCGCUACCGACCGUGACAAGGACCCCAACCAGAGAAUCAGCUACAAGAUCACGUCCGGCAACCCCGAGGGUUUCUUCGCCAUCGAUUCCGACACAGGUCUCAUUACCACUACGUCCAGAAGACUGGAUCGGGAGAUGCAGGACGAACACGUUUUGGAGAUAUCAAUCAAUGACAAUGGAGAGCCACCUCUGACCUCUACUACCAGAGUUGUUGUUAAAGUUGAAGACAUCAACGAUAAUACUCCUGAAUUCGAACAGAUUUCUUAUAAUGUCCAGAUACCAGCAAGUGCAAAUUUCAAUCAACCCAUGUUUCAAAACGAUGGUGCAGACGAGUUUGAGGGGGCAGAUUUCGCCAACGACGACGAUUUGUGGGAAACGUUCGGCCCUGCUGAUCUGGCGGGUUUAGAGCGCAUAACGCGGGUAUUAGCCUUCGACAGAGAUGAAGGACCAAAUGCAUUGCUCCAUUACAGCAUCAAGUCAGGCAAGGGAAAAUCCAAAUUCAAGAUCGACAAUUCUACUGGGAUGGUAUACGCUCAGAAGGGAUUCGAGCCAGGCCAGGUCUACGAGCUGAAUAUCAGAGCAUCAGAUAGUGGCAAUGUUUCUCGGCAUAGCACGUGCAAAGUUACCAUCACUGUUAUUCCCGUACCGACAAAAUCCAAAAAUCCUCCAGUGAUCAAACGACCAGCACCAGUUAAAUUAACGGAAGGUGAUGAAAUAGGAUUUUUAGUUUCCCUCAUAUCUGCUACAGAUCCGGAUAAUGACACCCUGUGGUAUGAUAUCGUUGGUGGAGAUCCGAGAAACGAAUUCUUCAUCGGACGUGACCUGGGGAACGUCCUGCUGGCGCGUAAAUUAGAUCACGAGGUGCAGGACCGCUACACCCUCAACGUCAGCGUGAGCGAUUCAGUGAAUACGGUUUACGAACUGCUGAACGUAUCCGUAAUUGAUAUAAACGACCAUAGACCGGAAUUUUCGGAAAACCUGUACCAGGUCGACAUCUCGGAGGCGGUACCUGCGAGCACGGAGAUCCUGAGAUUGAAAGCCAGCGACGAGGAUGCGGGCAGUAAGCUCAUCUUCAGCCUGUACUCGGCGAGGAAUUCGAUUUCCUUGCAAACCUUCAAGAUCGACUCGAUAACCGGAGUGAUAUAUCUCGCCUCCAACUUGGACAGGGAGUCCUUGGCUGAGCAUCUGCUGACAGUUAUGGUACGUGACGGCGGAACACCAGCCAAAAGAAAUUUCGCCAGAGUACGAGUGGUUGUACACGACCAUAACGACCACGCGCCACACUUCUCUGAACAAAUUCUUGUAGGUAAAGUGUUCGAAUCCGCCCCAAUAGGUAGUGUUGUAUUGAGAGCCCUAGCAGCAGACCACGACAAGGGAGAGAAUGCCAGAAUUACUUACUCCAUCGUUUCUGGCAACAUUGGAAACAUGUUCAACAUACACCCUGACCUUGGCACCAUCACAGUUGCUAGAGAACUUGAUAUGACAUCCGUCAAUGAGUACAUGCUUCGCAUUAAAGCAACAGACCAUGGUCAGCCUUCCUUAUCUUCUACUGUUCCUGCGCAUAUAUUACUAACCAUGGCGGAUAAUGCUCCUCCUAGGUUCUCCCGUAAAGACAUUGCAGCAGAAAUAUAUGAGGACCAACCCCUUGAAAGUUACGUUGCCCAUUUGACCGCCAGAAGUACGUCUUCUCUGCAAUACGAAAUAUUGGAGGGUAACACAGGUGGCGCCUUCUUGAUAAGUCCAAGUACUGGUGUGAUCACUACACAGGCUUAUCUCGAUUAUGAAAGUGUGAAAUUGUAUAACCUGACAAUCAUCGCUACUAACAUGGCUUCCGCUUCCGCCAGCUGCAACGUCAUAAUACACAUACUGGACAAGAACGACAAUGCACCGCAAUUUGUGCAGGCGAACUAUUCAGGUGUUAUCAGCGAAUCGGCCGCAAUCAGCUCGCUCAUUCUCACCAGAACCAGCGAGCCCUUAGUUAUCAAGGCCACAGACGCGGACUCCGAAAUUAACGCCCUGCUUCAUUACGACAUCGUCGAAAUACUGCCGAGGCGCUAUUUCCAAAUCGAUUCCAACACCGGAGCAAUCAGGACGAUAAAAUUAUUGGAUUACGAAACACACCCGAGAUUUUCGUUCCACGUUCAAGUGUCAGAUCUGGGUAAUCCGAAGCUCUCCUCCGAGACCAUGGCUAGGGUAGACAUCGAGGUCACGGACGUGAACGACUCCCCGCCGAGAUUCGUACAAUCGGUCUACAAUGUCACCCUCCUCCUGCCCACCUACAAGGGUGUGUCGGUAUUGCAAGUGAACGCGACCGAUCCCGACAGUCCGGAGAUCUCGAAACUGAGGUACGACAUAAUAGAAGGCAACAAAAUUGGCGUGUUCGGAAUCGAUUCCACGACCGGACACGUCGUUGUCCUGCAGCCGAACAACAUGAAACCCCUGUACGUGCUGCACGUUCGCGUGUCCGACGGCAAGUUCUCGAAGGUCGCGAAGGUCUUCGUGAAGGUCGAGGAAUCGGAUAGCUCCGGCCUGACGUUCCAGAAGCAGCUGUACGAGGGUUCUAUCAUCGAGAACUCCACGAAAAUAACCAACGUUUGCGUGGUCAACGUUCUGGGGACGGCCUUGAACGAGCACGUCGAGUUCCGUAUAUUGAAUCCCACCGACAUGUUUUCGAUAGGGUAUACUUCCGGCGUGAUCCGGACCACCGGAAAACGCUUCGAUCGGGAAGUUCAGGAUAGCUACGAGCUUAUUGUGGAGGCCAGGAGCCCGAACGCAAAUAAGGAAAAACCGAGGGUUGCCCAUGUGAUAGUUAAAGUUGCGAUUGUGGACAUAAACGAUAACUGCCCGAUGUUUGUGAACUUGCCGUAUUAUGCAGUUGUGUCUGUGGACGACAAGAAGGGAAGCGUCAUAACGAAGGUCCACGCCAUCGAUCUCGAUGCGGCGGAGAAUGGGGAGGUCAGAUACGAGCUCAUCAAGGGUCACGGUGAGCUGUUCAAGGUUCAACGGGAAAGUGGAGAUAUCGAAAUUAAGCAGAGUCUGGAGGGUCAUAACAAGGAGUACGAACUGGUGAUCGCCGCUUAUGACAAGGGUAUAACGCCAUGCAGAACAGAAGUCACUGUUCACGUAAAGGUGAUAGAUCGCUCUAUGCCCGUAUUCAAGAAGCAAUUCUACUCAGAAAGUAUACCUGAAAAUGUGGAACUGCACUCACCGUUAUCCCUCUCGAUAGUGGCGGAAUCCCCAUUAUCAAGAAAACUCAUCUACAGCAUCGUCAAAGGCAACGAUUUGGAAGAGUUCGCGCUUGAUUUCAAUACAGCUCCCGACAGUAACAAUGGCCCCUGUGUCAUUUCUGUUGUUGAUGAACUGGACUACGAACAGCAGAAUCAGUAUGAACUUAUCAUCAGAGCAACAGACUCCGUAUCGGGAGUUUAUGCAGAAGUUCCCGUAUCUAUCGCAAUUCAGGAUGUUAACGAUUGUCCACCCGAAUUCGUUCAAGAAAGUUACAACGUGUCUGUUCCAGAAACCACUCAGUUCGGUUAUCCUAUUCUCACAGUUCUCGCCAAAGAUAACGACACUGGUAUAAAUCAGAAAGUUAUGUAUUCGAUACAGAGAGACGGCAGCAAUUCUUCAGACUUCUUUUAUAUCGACGAAAAUGAGGGGACCAUCUAUCUGAAACAGUCUUUGGAUCAUGAGGAAGCUAGUUCGCAUCAUUUUGUGGUUGUGGCUACGGACCAAGGAAAUCCCAGCUUAUCGUCCACGGCUCACGUAUGGCUAACUGUGACGGACAUCAACGAUAAUCCUCCAAAAUUCGAGCAAACCUCCUACUCCAGUGGAUUGUCGAUUAACGCAAAAAGGGACCAAUUUGUUACUAUAGUUAAAGCUAGUGAUCCAGAUUCAGUUGACCAAGACAAUCUUCGCUACACUCUCGUGUCUGGGAAUGACCAGCAGACCUUCAGCAUGAACCCUAAUACAGGCAUUAUCACUUUGACUAAUCUGGCAAAUUUUGGGAACCAACCAAUAGUAACAUUGAACGUAUCUGUAUCAGACGGGGUUUACAACAGUUUUGCAAGGGUUAAAAUCGAGAUUUUGUCGGCCAAUAUGCAUACUCCAGAAUUCAAAGAUAUUAUCCUGGACGUCGAUGUUCCAGAGAAUAUGCCUGCAGGUUAUUUAGUGGCAGUUGUGAAGGCAACCGACAAAGAUACUGGAGCGUUCGGGACAAUCCUAUAUUCGAUACACUCCGAGCUUCUCAGUGUAAAGUUCAGCAUCGAUAAGAAUAAUGGAAGAAUAACAACAAGAAAAAGGUUAGACAGGGAGGAGCAAAAGGUUUACGAAAUACCAAUAAUGGCUACCGAUGGUGGCGGAAAAUCUGGAUUUUUCACUGUGAGAGUUAGAGUUACCGAUGAAAAUGAUAAUGCUCCAAAGUUUGUACUGAAAGAAUACAAAGCAAGUAUAUACUUCAACCACAGUACAACCGUUCCUAUAAUACGAGUUAAAGCGCUAGAUUUAGAUCAAGGUGCUUCUGCUGAAAUAGAAUAUUCCAUAUAUGAGGAAAAAACCUCAGAAGUCAUGGACAUCUUUAAGGUGAACCCAACAAGUGGAGACUUAUACCUAGCCACGAUAUCUCCAAAAUCAGCCGGUCAAGUUUUUCAAUUCUUUAUAAGAGCAAAGGAUAAAGGUAAACCUGAGAAACAUUCAGAUGUUCCUGUCAAUAUUCUAAUUAUGGGAUUGAAUGAUCGUCUACCAAUAUUCGAAAGAAGCGAUGCCAAGUUUUUCCUAUCAGAAAAUUCGGCAACAGGUACUAUAAUAACGAAACUCAAAAUGUUGUCUAAUGUAACAGUAACAUUCAAAAUUCUCUCUGACAAUGACGAAAAUCCCCAAUUUAUGGUUGACAAUGAUGGGCAAAUCUCCUUAGCCAGGCCAUUAAAUUUCGAAACUCAAAAUUCUCACUCCAUUGGGGUCAUAGCUUUAACCGAUUCAAGUCCACCAAUAUCUGCAUUGACUGAAGUAACUCUUCAAGUGUUAGAUGAGAAUGAUCAUGCUCCUCAGUUUGAAAGUAGCACUUAUAUUUUAUACUUGGCAGAGAAUACUGAAGAGGGUAGCUCAAUAAUGAAAGUAACAGCACAUGAUGAAGAUCAAGGGAGCAACGGGGAAGUGAGAUACGCUUUAACUUCAGAAUCUGGAGAAAUGAUUAAUAUUUUCGCAAUAGAUCCUCAUACGGGAUGGAUUACAACAAUGGUAGAGUUUGACAAAGAAGUGAGAUCAGAAUACAAGUUCCAUGUGACGGCAACUGACAAUGGCACUCCAAAACAGUCAGCUCGAUCAAAUGUUAUCAUUCGGCUGAAGGACUACAAUGACAGCCCUACGCUUUACAAGAAACCACUUUACGAAGCGUCAAUACGAGAGAAUGCUCUGCCUGGCACAGUUCUUCUCACUUUAGAGACCACAGAUGCCGAUGUCGAUCUGUCGACCAAAGUUGAAUUUUAUAUCACUUCCGGAGACCCUAGUUCCCAAUUCCAGAUUCGUCAAACUGGGGAGUUAUUCGUUGCUAAAAAGUUGGACAGAGAAACCACCCCUAGCUAUGAUUUGGAAGUUCUAGUCACUGAUGGUUUGUUCUCGGAUGUCACUAGAAUCGCAAUUACAGUCCUAGAUGUUAAUGAUAACCCACCAUACUGUUUGAGGUAUAGGUACCGUCAAGUACUUUCUGAAGGAAUAUUACCAGGAUCUUUCGUCCUUUCCAUCUUAGCGACUGAUAUGGAUGGCCCAGAGAACUCCAAGUUACGAUACAUUCUAACUGGGGAAGGCUCUGAUAACUUUGUACUUGAUAAAGAAAUGGGACACCUCAAAACAUUGACAACAUUGGACAGAGAAAAUAGGUCGAAAUAUAUCCUGACUGCACAUGUGCAUGAUAAAGAUCAUCCGUCCUGGGAAUGCACAUCACAAAUCGAACUGAUGAUAUCUGAUCUAAAUGACAAUUUCCCCCUAUUUACUGUACCAAACUAUUCCGUAGCACUUCCUGAAGAUGUUGAGGUUGGAACAUUGGUAACUAAAGUACAUGCCACGGAUGCAGAUAUUGGUAUUAACAGGAAAAUAAGAUACGCUUUUAUUGAUUCUUUCAACAACCAUUUCAAAAUGGAAUCGGACAGUGGUAUAGUCACUUUAGCAAAGCCACUAGAUAGAGAGUUGAGGGCAAUGUAUAACCUAACAGUACAGGCAGUAGAUCAAGGCUCCCCACAAUUAUCAAGUGUUACAACAUUGGUAGUUAACGUACAAGAUAUCAACGAUAAUCCUCCGGAAUUCUCCAAUAAAUACUAUUUCGCCACUGUACCAGAGAUAGAUGCAGUUGGUACCGAAGUAGUUCGAGUUUUAGCCACUUCCAAAGACACUGGUGUGAAUGCUGAUGUCUAUUAUAGCAUCAUUGGAGGCAAUGAACAUAAGAAAUUUUCUAUUCCCAAUAAUAGAAGUGGAGUCAUUGCAAUAGCUGAAAUGCUCGACUACGAAAGAGCUAAAGAUUAUUUCCUAACAAUCCAAGCUGUUGAUGGUGGUGAACCUCCAUUGAGUAAUGUUGCAACUGUAAACAUAAGUAUCAUCGAUUGCAAUGAUAAUGCUCCAGUUUUCAACCAGAUUUCUUACAAUGCCCAGAUAAAAGAAGAUGCUCAAGUAGGCGAAGUUGUGGUACAGGUAUUAGCUACAGAUUUAGAUAGUGACAAGAAUGGUAGGGUAACUUAUUCUAUCAUUGGCGGAGACACCCAUGAACAAUUCGCCAUAGAUGCUGAUACAGGCCUCAUCUCAAUAGCGGACAGUCUAGAUCGGGAGAAAAAUGCAAACUAUUCCCUGGAUAUCCUCGCAAGAGAUAAUGGACUACCCACACUCUCAAGACAAACGGUUGUCUAUAUAGACAUACUCGAUGCCAAUGACAAUCCACCGCUUUUCUCACAGGCUAAUUACACAGCUGUUGUGCAAGAAGAUAAGCCAAUUGGCCAUAAAAUAUUGAAAUUCGAAAUAACUGAUAUAGAUAUCCCACCAAAUACUGUUCCUUAUACGUUCGACUUCAGAAGUGGCAAUGAGGAGAACAUAUUCAGAUUGCAGGAUUCGCACUUACUUACAGCCACCAAAUUCAAUCAUAAGAUUCGGGAAAGAUAUCUGUUACAAGUGAGAGUUUUUGACAACGGUAGUCCGCCUCUUUACUCAGAUGCAUGGGUUGUUGUCAAAGUUAUAGAAGAAUCGCAGUAUCCGCCCAUUAUAACUCCCUUGGAAGUGAAUAUUAACUCUUUUCUUGAUGAAUAUCCUGGUGGUAUUAUAGGAAAAGUACAUGCUAUUGAUCAAGACAAUUAUGAUACUUUGACCUACUUUUUAUCACCGACCAUCGGAUUAUCAUAUCCGGCCCAUGAACUGUUCGAAAUAAAUCGUACAGAUGGGACCCUGACUGCUUUACCAAGGUUAGACGUAGGGGAAUACAGAUUGAACGUUUCUGUAACAGAUGGAAAAUUCUUCAGUCAUACGAUCGUUAAGAUAAAUGUAGAAAUAAUUUCCGACGACAUGUUAGAAAAUUCGGUAGCUAUAAGAUUUCGAUCAGUUUCGCCUGAAUCUUUCAUACUGAGCCAUAAGAAAGGAUUUGUAAGAGUGGUAAGAAGUGCCAUAAACUGUCGGCUGAAAGACGUUGUCAUCAUCAGCGUGCAACCGUCAGAUGAUGAGGAUUUCAGGAGCAAACGACAAGUCAGUCGGGACUUGGAUGUUCUUUUCACCGUGAGAAAACCGGAUGGUUCAUAUUUCAGCUCGGAUAAUAUCAGGAAAGCCCUGAGCGAUAACUUGGAGGAGCUCGAGGAAAGUACGAAGUUGAUCGUAGAGGAGAUAAUAAGACUUAAAUGCAGCAAUACUUACUGCGUCUACGGAGUUUGUCAGGAUCAUUAUAUCCUAAAGCCGACUGAAAUAGAACCAGUGGCCACAGAUGUUAUAAGCUUUGUAUCGCCGAGGCACCAGCAGAAGUUCGAAUGUAACUGCAAAGAAGGCUAUGGUGGCGAAAGGUGUAACUCCAUAGUAAACGAAUGUGCUAAAGAACCUUGUCCACCUUAUAAAAUAUGUGUUCCUGAUGCUUCAGAUAUCGGUUUCACUUGUCAGUGUCCGGAAGGUUACGCUGGGAAGAACUGUGAUGUCGACAUUUCAGAGUGUCACAAUCAAAACUGUUACGUUGCUAGAAAUCCGAUAUCUUUCUCUGGGAAAAGCUACUCGCAAUACCACAUCAUCAACAAGAAAUCUAUUGAAGAUCAAUUGAGCCUCAGUUUGAGGAUACGGACAGUGCAGCCAACAGGAAAUUUGAUGUAUUCGGCUGGAAAAGUUGAUUACAACAUUUUGGAGGUUAUCAAUGGAAUAGUCCAAUAUCGCUUCGAAUUGGGAAGUGGGGAAGGAAUGGUUCGUGUAACAACAAUUUAUAUUUCGGAUGGAAAAUGGCAUGAAGUGAAACUCGAAAGAGAAAAAAAUAGUGCUAGAAUUACUAUAGAUGGUAUACAUUCAGCUCAGGGUUCUGCGCCUGGAAGCAGCGAUGUACUUAACCUACAGAACGAUGAGCUUUAUCUAGGUGCAGAAGUUCACCUACAUCCGUCAAUUCUUGGCUUCGAAGAUAUUCAGAGGGGAUUCACUGGGUGCAUGGAUGACAUAAGGAUUUCCAGGAUAUCCGUUCCCUUACACAAAUCUGGCGAUAACUCCAUAGCUGUUCUGAAAAGGUUCGCGAACGUCGAAUUCAGUUGUGACGCGGGUGUUGUUCUGCAGCCUCCUGGACCUUGUGGCUCCCAGCCUUGCUUGAACGGUGGAACUUGCGUUGAAACUUUGAACGGUUUCGAAUGCGAAUGUCAUACGCGGUUCUCCGGCGCCCUCUGUGAUAUUGACGCUGAUCCUUGCGUUUCCGCGCCUUGCCUUUACGGUGGAAAAUGUAUGAUUAGCGCUGUCGGUGACUACACUUGCGAAUGUGCUCACGGUUUAUCUGGAAAAAGAUGCGAAUAUGGUAGAUUCUGUACACCCAACCCUUGCAAGCAUAUGGGAGUUUGCGAAGAAGGCGACAAGGGUCCGCUUUGUAAAUGCCGAGCAUACGCUGGAGAGCUGUGUGAAUUCGACCUGAACGAAUGCGAGUCGAACCCAUGUCAAAAUGGAGCAACAUGUAUAAACGAAAUUGGGUCUUUCCGAUGUAGCUGUUUGCCGAACACUACUGGAAUAUACUGCGGUCAACUUUUGUCUGGCGGGUCGUUGUUCCAUUUCAAUUUUACCCGGGAGGAACUCAUCGGAAUAUUCGGCGGAAUCCUCAUCAUCUUCAUGAUAAUUGUCAUCAUAAUAUGCGUAUCCUGCAGGCAGUUUCACGUGAAGAGAUCGCGCAGAAAACGGAACAUGAUCAAUAACGAAAAUCUGAAAGAUCACAUAGUGCUGAACUCGACCAGGCCUCAUGAGUUGACAGAGUUCAAACGAGGUUCCAAACUGAGUAAUUUGGAAGUUAAUCAGAGAGAAAUACCGUUGUGUUCACAGAGGCCCGUGUCGUACACUCCUAGCUCCAACGACCCGAUUUAUAAUACGAACACAGCCCUAGUUCUUAACAAUUUGGAUACUCUGAGGAGCUACGGCUCAGCUGGGGAUGAACUGGAGACGGUACCGCCCGAUUACGUUCGAAAUUUGAACAGAAAAACCAUCAGCAACACUGCCAGCAAUCACUGUGAUUCCGAAAAAGCCAAAUGGGCUGAUCAGAUGCAUCUUUCGUCAACGUUGAACGACAAAACAAAAAUAAAAAAUGAAUAUAAGGUAUCGAGCCCUGUUAAUUGUGAUCCUCCAAACCGACUCUAUGGAGGUAGGGGUAGCAACAUCAAUACAAUGAAAUCAAACGGACCUAUCUGUCCCUCCGAAGAUGAUCAGCGAUCUGUUGGAAGCUAUCAUUGGGAUUGUUCAGAUUGGGCCAGACAUAGCCAGACGCUGCCUAACAUAACCGAAGUUCCGGGCAGUGAGAUCCCGGAUUCUUCGAGCUUUCAUAGUAACGAAAGUAACGAAUCUCGCUGUCAUCAUUCCUCGGUGAUGGGGCCGCAUGAUUACCAUCGUGGAAUUGGUACGUUGAAUGAAGACAUAGAGUCUGAGUAUCUACAAGAUAGCGAUGCAGAUCAUCGUACUAACCUCAACGUACUCGACAGUGGAAAUGAGGAUUAUCCUUUCACCACAGCAGAUAGCUACAUACGUCAUCCGAACUCAUAUUUACCUGCCCAUGGAUACAACAUACCUAGUGAACCUGAAGUUGAAGGCUUACAUAGUCCUGGUGCUGAAUCUGACGAUGUUGAACCGUACGGUUUCCCUAGUAUAAGAAAUAGAAGAAAAAUGUGCGACUACGACUCAAACUCUGUGAUCACAACCUUAGAAGAAAGAAAUUCAUUACUCGGAGGAGGUUUUGGAAGUGGUAGUGACUUAUCGACCAAUGUUUGUGAAAUAGAAGAUUCUGAAUGCGAGGGAGAGCACAAGCCUUUGAAUUAUCACUCAAGUGUUCAACAGACUUCAGUUUGACACGUGCUGAUGCCAGACUACGGAUUAACCUCCCGUCAUUCUGGAUAGCGACGAGAAGUAGUACUUGUACCCAUGGACUAUAUUUAAUUCGAAUGACGUGCCUAGCUAUGAAAGCUGAUUUUUGAAUCGAACAAUUCUCCAAAAAAAUUCACUACGAUCUUCUACAUAGUGAAAUCGGAAAUAAUUUUAUCAUAUACUUAGCAUAUCAUAAACAGUUCAUUUGGAUUCAGAAGAAAAAACAUUGAAGUAUUUUUUUAUAUAACGAGAGAGAUAAUGAUUUAUAUAACUUCUGUUUCAUUUUUUUGAUUAUUUAUUUAUGUGUGUUGAGUGAGCCUUCCCUCAGUAUCAAUAAGUUUUAAUUUGCUUCGGAAUUGAAGCCAAAGGAACAAUCAACACGUAUGUUUAAUAUUGUGCAGCUCAGAAUAUUUUAAUAUUUUCCAAUUUCUGUAAUUAAUGCUCCUCGAUUUUCUCGAAUAAUUUGGAUAAAGUUUUUAUCUCUAACUGUUGAAUGUGUUCAUAAAUAGGUUCUCCUGCAUAUAGGAUUAAAAUGUGCCUAACAAAUUGAAUUUAUGGAGGUAGCUAAUUGCGGCAGCUCUUAAAUAUAUGUUACAGUAGAAUUUUCGACCACCAAACCAGUCAUUGUAUUCAUCCUUCGAAUCAAAUCGAAAUCGUUGCACUAUAUGCAUUUACAUAACCUGAUGUAGUAUAUGUUUGUGCGCAGAACUGAUGUUACUAUUCCAGAUAAUUCCAUUCCAACCAAUAUGUAUGUAUUUUAAUUGAUGUCGUUGAUUUUACUGUAAAAUGUAAUCUAUAGCAUUAAGUUCCAGUUAAUUCGAUGCAAGUGAUAUGUAAUUCUUAAGUUUCAUAUUUUCAGACUUACAUUGUAUUGUAAUUUGACAUUGUUUAGUAUCAAAUUGCCAUUGAUAGGUGACCAUUGAUUUAUUGCCAUUAAAGUCUAGAUUAUGUAAUUUUUUAAAUAAAUGAUAAAUCUUG